UGUCUUUUUUCUUGUUCAGAGUUUUUAUGGUUCUUUAUUCGUUUGAGGUUAUUUUAUGUUCACGUUUAUUUUUUUCCAUUUUUGGUAGUGCAUUUGCUGUGUUUUUAGUAUAAUUAUUUUUCUUUGUUUAAUUUUUAAUAGAUUAGAAUAGUUAUAGGAUAAAUUAUUUGUAGAUUUGUUUUUAAUUCAAUCUUAGUUUUUAUUUUUAUAGAUAGGUUAGGUUAGCAUUUAAUUUUUGUAUUUAUAUUUCAUUUUAUAUAAACAUGAACAAAAACGUUAGGCUGCGCUUUACAUCUAACGACGAAAUUGUCUUAUUACGGAAGGUAUUGGCACAAAAUCCGUUUGAGGACCCAAAGAAAUGUACCACUAUUAAGGACAAUAUUGUAAAUGUUACAAAUAAAGCAUCGUUAAGAACCUUAAAAAACCAUUUUGAUGUUUUGCUAUUAAACUGGCUGAGAAAAGACAAGGCUAAUAUAAAUAAAUCUGGAAUUGAAGAAACCUACACGGAAGCUGAUGUACUCUUGCAGGAGCUCUAUGACCUCUCCCAAGUGUGUAAUAGACAAAAAAUAUCGACCAGUAGUAUUGAGGAUGGGAAAGCAAUCCGAGAGUUACCUGUGACUGCUCAAAUAGAAAAUAAGGAAAAUAAUGAGGUCAUUGAAAGAGACCAUGAUUAUUGGACCAUGGAUGAUGAUAUUGCUGCAGAAGUGGAGGUCAGACAAGACAAGUCUCUAAUAUUGGACCUGGAUGUUUCUGCGGAUAUUAUAAAAGUAUUAAAUACAUCAACACCUUCUCAGACAACAGCUGUUAAAACCGAUGCAAGAAAUACUUUAACGAGAAGGAACAUUUUAGGUAUUUAUUUUUUAUUUAUUUUUAAAUCACCUUAUAUUUUAACAUUACCUUCAUGCCAAAAAAAAAGAAGGACUGAUAAACCUGUGAAAGGAAAUGACUUAGAUUUUUUAAAUAAAAAGGGAACUGCAGACAAUGAGAUUAAACUAAGAGAAUUAGAAUUGGAAGAAAGGAAACUUAAACUCGAAGAGUAUAGAUUAAAAUUAGAGGAAAGGAAAAUUAAGAUACAAGAAGAUCAGUUGCAGUUUGAUUUUGUAGAAAAGAGAAGGAAGUUGGAAAUGGAAGGCGAAAAACAUCAAGUAGAAGUAGAUGAACGCAAGCAAAUGCAUGAAGUUAUAAGGAUGCAAAAUAAUUUAUUACAAAAUCUAUUGUUAGAAAUAAAAAAAAAAUGAAUAAACUGGUU